CUUGCUGCGUACGCGCUGAGCUCGAUUCUUACUGGGCUCUCGUUCUUCCUUCUUGGGGCUUUGAAGCUGGGUGUGAUUGUGGGGUUCUUUCCUCGACAUAUACUUGUCGGUUGUAUUGGAGGUGUUGGCGCCUUUCUUAUUGAGACUGGCCUGACGGUUAGCUUACGUAUAUCGGAAGACGACUUCGCCAUGAACUGGGAAACCUUCCGAUUCAUGUUCUUCGAUGCGCACAAUCUGACGUUAUGGAUCAUUCCGCUGGGUCUCGCAGUCCUGUUGCGGGUUAUCACGCACAGGUUUCGCCAUCAACUCAUUUUCCCUCUUUAUUUCGUAAUUAUACCUAUGCUAUUCUAUAUCAUUGUCGCUGCUGCUCAGCUGAACUUGACGAAUUUACGAGAUGAUGGAUGGAUAUUUGAUAUGGGCACUGAUAAGGAACCGUGGUAUAGAUUUUAUUCUUAUAUCAGUCUCAGUGCUAUAAGGUUUGGUCCACUGUGGUCAACUUUGCCGACCCAAUUUGCAUUGUUGUUCUUCAAUAUCUUACAUCCACCGCUGAAUGUCCCUGCUCUGGCCGUAUCGCUGAACGACGAUGUCGACACCAACAAGGAGCUCGUUGCACACGGAUAUUCGAAUUUCCUUGCUGGCUUGUUUGGUACAGUCCCGAACUACCUAGUCUAUGUCAAUACACUCCUCUUCUACCGCGUCGGCGGGGAUAACAGAAUAUCAGGCUUUUUGCUUGCUGUUGCGACGGUUCUGUUGCUCUUCAUUGGGACUGGUCCAAUCUCAUUUAUUCCGGUUAUGGUUGUGGGAGCUCUGAUCUUCGUUCUGGGCAUCGAUCUCGUUAAGGAAGCUUUGUGGGACACUAGGCAUCGUGUCAGCAAAACCGAAUACAUAACCAUCGUCAGUAUCAUGAUUUGCAUGACUGUUUGGGACUUCGUCAUCGGGGUUUUGUUCGGGAUCAUUGUUAGCUGUUUUUUUUUCGUCAUCCAAAAUUCCCAGCUCAGCAGUAUCCGUGCAAUUCAAACUGGAGAGACUGCAAUGUCGGCAGUUCGUCGACCCAGCUUGCAACGAGCUUAUAUCAGGGAGGUAGCCAAGCAGACUACAAUUCUUCGGUUGCAAGGUUUCCUUUUCUUUGGGACUAUUACCUAUGUCGAAGAGACAAUCAGGUCUCUCAUUGAAGGCCCUUUAUGGCAUAGGAAUCCGGUUCAGUUUCUGGUGCUUGACUUCACCCUGGUCGCAGGCGUGGAUAUGUCAUCGGCCGAGGCUCUGGUUCGCGUUCAGCGUCUCUUAGCUUCCAAAUGUGUCACUUUGGUAUUCUGUGGGUUUAUCGUCGAUUCACCUGUCGGCAAGGCAUUGCAAAGUGUAGAAAUUCUUGGCGCUGAACAGGUGGAACUUUUUUCGACAUUUAACGAUGCUAUGGAAUGGACGGAGAACGCCUACCUACGCGCUUGGUUCAGAGCGCAGAAGGUUGAGCGAUCUGCGACGAUAUUUCCUGUUCCCAGUCGAGAGGGCGGUGAUAUCGAACAUAAUAACCUUAUUUCCGCGUUCAUCCUCUCCCCGCGCCAUUCGCACAUUCGCGAUGCAGGGGACCGUACAAUUGCCAAUGAAAUACCGGUCAACCAAGGGUCUGAACGCCCAUCUGAACCGCUCAACACCCUCAUCAAGGCUUUCUCAUCGUAUGGAACGGUUGAUCCUGUCACUUUUCGUCCCAUCGAACCCUAUCUUGAGCGUCUUACUCUCCCUGCCACCCACGUGCUAUGGACGCAGGAUGAUCGGGCCGAUGGCCUAUUUAUCAUUGAGUCAGGGCUGCUUAAGGCCACGUAUGAGUUCGCGAAUCCUGCACGACGUUUUGUGGAAUCCAUGGUCGCGGGUACCGUGGCCGGAGAGCUAUCGGCCCUCUCCGAUUCCCCACGUAAUGCCACCGUGGUUGUCGAACAUGAUGCAGUCUUGUGGAAGCUAAGCAAUGUAAACCUUAUAAAACUGCGGAUGGAAGAGCCUGAACUUUCUCAUAUAUUCAUUCAACUUGUACUCAAA